AUGUGGUUAGUUGCGAAAAACAGUUCCCUGCUGUCGCCUGAUCUGACGCUGAUCAUUUUGCAUAUUUCCUUAAGAAAUUUAAGGGUGUUGGGGUCCAUCGGGCCAAGAACCUCGAUGCAUAUUGGCAAGAAUUCCAUCGAGGGGAGGGCGUUCCCAUAUUUUUUCAUUUUCUCGUCCGCUGCCCUGGCCGCGGCCAAACCGCAUUCUUUACUUGUCAGCGGUGUUGAAUGCGUGACUGUUGAACAUGAAAGCGAGAUUCGUUUAAACAGGUUCAAAGGUCAAAUGUCGCCGGAUGAACUCUCGUCGAAGUUAUGGAUUAAAGUGCGAAAAUAUAAUAACAAGAAAUAA